CUGCCAUCAUGCCAGAAAAGUCUAAGUUGUAUUUAUCAUAUCUUCAAUUUCGUCAUAAUUCUUUCAGAUAAUCGACAGUAUGCAAAAUUUUAGCCAGAUUUUCGUUCUUGUUGUUUCGCAUAGAGGUCAUCACAUGAAAUUGAGCACGAAAUUAGGAAACGCUUUAUUCGAUACCUAAGGAGUUGAAUUGAGAAAAUGAAUUCAGAUAUUAUUUCAAAUUUUUUGGCAACUCUGGCCAUAGCUGUUGUUUAUUUCAUUAUCAAACAAAUUUCGCAUGGUUCUUUGGCUCAUAAUAUGCAUUGAUUAGUUGAGAAUCGAGAAUUUAUCAGUCCACCAUGGAAUUUUCUAUAUCACCACAAACUUGCCGUGUUUGUUUGAAAAAAGCGCUGAACGGACGAUUACUUAGUGAUCUCUACACUGCUACAUUGCUUUCUAAUGCCAAAGAUUCGAAGAACAAAAGUUACUGGGACAUUUAUAAGAUAGUGGUCCCCCUUCAAAAUAAUCAACAUACCACCGUGGAUGCAAGUUUUAUUCCAAAGUGCAUUUGUGACAAUUGUGAAGCUCAGUUAAUCGUGACUUACGAGUUCUUGAGAAAAAGCAAGCGCUCGGAGAAAAUCCUUCAUCACAUUUUAAAUUUAUAUGAAGAAGAGAGCCAAGAUAUGAACAAUAAAGUUAAAGAUGAACCCUGCCUGGAACUGGUUGAAGAGUCGAUUGCAGAAUUUUGCGAACGAGACAAUUACGAUGAAAUUAAUGAUUAUAGGGAAAGAUUAGUUAACGAACAAAAUCAUUCCGAUAAUGCACCUGAUCCAAUCAUCAUGACCUAUCACGAGUCUACUGAAAACGAGUUUUUUAUGAGAACAGAUAACACAAAGGAUGACCAGAAAAGUAAAGAGAUAGAAAAUGAAUUCAUGGAUACCCCUCAGGAAUCCGACACGAACGAUGAAGGUGAAGAUGUAUAUGCAAUGGAAUUACAAGAGCCCAAACCUAAAACCAGUCAAUGUAUCGAUUGUGGUAAAAUGGUAUCUUCUCAUUACUUGGUUAAGCACAGAGAAACUCAUAUAGACAAAGGCAUUCGACGAAAAACUUUUGAGUGUGACCAAUGCAAAGCUCGGUUUACAUUGAAGGAAAAUUUGAACAAGCAUAAACGUAUUCAUGCUGAUGAGAAACGGUACACCUGUCCCUUUUGCCAGGAACAAUUCUUGCAUUGGGCUUCCCGACGGUAUCACAUUGCAAGUCACCAUACCGGAGAAAAACGAUACACUUGCGAAUAUUGUGGUGCGAAGUUCCGUAAUUCAUCCCAUUACUCAAUUCAUAUUCGCCGACACACCGGAGUAACUCCAUACCCGUGCCAUCUGUGCGAUCGAAGUUUUAUAACAAGCAAUAGCUUGAAGGUGCACUUGGUUUCGCAUAGUGAUUCUAAAAACUUUCACUGUGAUUUAUGCAAAAAAUCCUACAAAUCAACCAAAACGUUACGACUUCACCAACGGACGGCACAUGAACAUGAGAAAAAUUACGUAUGUCCACUAUGCAAACGUGCCUUUUCACAAAAUCACCUAUUGAGAGCACAUCUUUCGAAAAAUCAUCCCGAGUAUGAGCCACCUCCACCGGGAACUGUUGUGAAUAUGCGAGCAGUCGAAAAAAUAAAUGAAAAAUUGAAGAGAACCGGCAGUGAUUGAGAACUGUUAAAUCCAAAUUGUAUUUGGUGUGGCGGGUUAAACUCAUGUUUUCUUACACCUAUUAUGUUUGAUUCUUGAGUAGGAGAAAGCGCAAGGUUAUGACCCUUCGCAGGCGGUGAGGAUUUCGCAACGUGAUUAAACGUAGAAAGUUCCAUAAAAUCCGCCAAGAUA